AUGAGUUCCACCGAUAACGACUUGUCAGAGCAACAAAAGGCCAGGACGGGCAAGAGGCGGGGCAAGGAUAGCAAUGAUGUCCAUGGAACGGGCAACUCGUCGUGGAAACAUCGUCGUGAAUACAGCACUUUCAGCUAUCAACCUUUGCCACGCAGCCAGGGGACCAUUCGGAUCCUUGAGCUUUUCUCUAGCGAAACUUCGGCUGCUGGAGUUCUUUGUGCAUUGAUCACACCAGGCGAGAACGAGAGACACCAAUAUCCCUAUGAAGCCUUGUCGUGGUGCUGGGGCACAGCAGGCAAGUCUGCUGAGAUCAGGAUUCAACGCAAUCGCAAGACAUACAUCAAGAAAGUGAGCCCGAACCUUGUGGCUGCUAUGAAGGCACUUCGCUACCCGGACCGUAGCCGCUUCCUGUGGAUUGACAUGGUUUGCAUCGACCAAGACGAGUAG